AUGUUUUCUUUUCUGUUUUGUAAUGAUUUGUCAAUGUAUUUAUUUACCCUAUUGUUGGGAAAAUAUUAUCUAUCUAUCUAUCUAUCUAUCUAUCUAUCUAUCUAUGUCAAAUCUCAGUCUAUCUAUCUAUCUAUCUAUCUAUCUAUCUAUCUAUGUCUAAUCUCAGUCUAUCUAUGUCUAACCUCAGUCUAUCUCUCUAUCUAUCUAUCUAUCUAUCUCUAUCUAUCUAUCUAUCUAUCUAUCUAUCUAUCUAUCUAUCUAUCUAUGUCAAAGCUCAGUCUAUUUAUCUAUUUAUCUAUCUAUGUCAAAUCUCAGUCUAUUUAUCUAUCUAUCUAUCUAUCUAUCUAUCUAUGUCUAAUCUCAGUCUAUCUAUGUCUAACCUCAGUCUAUCUCUCUCUCUAUCUAUCUAUCUCUAUCUAUCUAUCUAUCUCUCUAUCUAUCUAUCUAUCUAUCUAUCUAUCUAUCUAUGUCAAAGAUCAGUCUAUUUAUCUAUCUAUCUAUCUAUGUCUAAUCUCAGUCUAUCUAUGUCUAAUCUCAGUCUAUCUCUAUCUAUCUCUCUCUCUAUCUAUCCAUAUAUCUAUCUAUCUAUCUAUCUAUCUAUCUAUCUAUCUAUCUCUACCUCUUUCUAUUUUUUUCUUAUUUUGUUUCAUUCUAUGGCAAUGGCUUUCUACAGUUGAAAUCUUUCUGCCUAUCCUUCCAUAUUUACUGUUAUUGUUCAGUCUUAUAACGAUUACAUUUCAUUGUAUUUCUUUAACAUAUUUUAUUCGAUUGGCAUGGAGUUCGCCUGCAUUGAAGGUCAGUUCGAGCGAAAACAUAGGCCGUUCGAUACGUCUUAGAAUAACACGUUGCAAAUCUUUCGCUGUUAUUUAUUUUAAAUUUUAUGCGCUUGUGGAAGCGACAUUCACUGGAUUUCCUGUUCUCCACAUUGGACAAGAAGAUUUGACUGUCCAAGAGAAAUCAGUCGUAACUCUUUGGUUUCUGCUCUCUUAUUAUCUACCUCAUUACAUUCCCUUUCUUUCUUUCUUUCUUUCUUUCUUUCUUUCUUUCUUUCUUUCUUUCUUUCUUUCUUUCUUUUGGACCAUGUUCUUUCCUUCGUUCUUCCCUUUUUUCUUUCUUUCUUUUGGAGUGUGUUUUUUUUUUCUUUCUUUCUUUCGGCCUCUGUUCUUUCGUUCUCCUUUUUUCUUUCCUUUUUUCUUUCUUUCGAAAUGUAUUCUUUCUUUCUGUCGACCUGUUCUUUCUUUUUUCUUUUCUUUAUUUAUUUCAGACUAUGUUCUUUCUUUAUUCUUUCUUUCGGGCUAUGUUCUUUCUUUCUUUCUUUCAUUUUUCGGGCAAUGGUCUUUCUUUCUCCUUUUUUCUUUCCUUUUUUCUCUCAAAAUAUUUUCUUUCUUUCUGGCGACUUAUUGCCAAAACGCCAUAAUAAAACAUCUCUCUCUCUCUCUCUCUCUCUCUCUCUCUCUCUCUUUGAAAUUCGCUUUUUGUCUUCCUUUUGUCCUUUGCCUAUUGCUAUGA